GCUCUUUAUCUGCAGUGGGACCUGCACCACCACCAAUCGAACGGACCUGUUGCCAUACCUCGGGAACUUUUUUCUAGUCGAUCUGAACCCCGCAUCAAUUCAAUACCUAACUGACCGAUCUUCGGCGUCAUUCCUCUUUCUCAACAGACUGAUAUCCUCAGCUCUCUCGUCCCAGGCUCCGGUCGGGGGCACCGAGGAAAAGCUGAUAACGUCGCAAACUGACCUGAUCUAAGCGGCAAGAAGGAGGAAGAAGGAAGAAGGAAAAAAGACGAGAAACGGAAAAGACGACAUCGCACCUCCCACCGCACGUCAUCGUCUUUACCAUAUCUAGGGUUCCUGUGUGAGCUCAUUGCCAAUUGCCCUCUCCCGGCCCUGCCGGGUUCCCUAUCGACAUCGACAAGCCCAGCUUGACAUAACUCUAUCCGGAACGGCCGACCUCCGCCGUCAUGGCUAGCUUCUUGGUUUUCCGCUCCGUCCGAGUCUCGAUGGCGCAGUGCAGCUCCGGCUCCGGCUUUCAGGCCGGCAAGCUCGGCAGUAGGCUCACGAUAGCCUCGCUCCCUCGCAGAUCCUUCUCCUCGUACCUCGUCACUCCCAACGAGCUGAGCGAAGCUCUCAAGAAGAAUCCCCCCUCGCCAAUCUCGACCGAUCCGCGCGUCAUCCCCCUCUGCGCCUCCUGGUUCAUGCCCAACGACCCCGAGAGCCGCACCGGCAUUCAGGUCUUCCGCGAGAAGCGCAUCCCCAAGGCUCGCUUCUUCGACCUCGACAAGGUCAUCGACAAGCGCAGCCCCUACCCCCACAUGUUGCCCAGCCCCGGCGACUUUGCCGCCGCCAUGAGCGAAUUGGGCAUCCGAAGGGAGGACACGGUGGUGGUCUACGACUCCCGGGAGCUCGGCAUUCUCUCGGCACCCCGCGUCGGCUGGACGCUGAAGGUGUUUGGCCACCCCAAGGUGCAUAUCCUAAACAACUUCAGGCUAUGGGUCGAUCAGGGCCUGCCGACCGAGCAAGGGGAGAUGUACACAGUGGAGUGCGGCACAUAUCCCAUUCCUGAGAUGGACGAGGGUAAGGUCGCCAACUACGAGGCCGUGCGGGAGGUGGCGCUGGACUAUAACAAGGAGGGCGCCGAGGGCGUGCAAAUCUUGGAUGCACGAUCCAGCGGCCGGUGGACCGGCAAGGACCCCGAGCCACGCCCCGGCCUGUCGUCGGGCCACAUGCCCGGGUCGAUCAACAUCCCCUUCAACUCUCUGCUCGACCCGGAGACCAAGGCGUUCCUGCCGGCGGAGCAGCUGAAGAAGGUUUUCCAACAGAAGGGCGUGGAUCCCGAGAAGCCCAUCAUUUCGAGCUGCGGCACGGGAGUCACGGCCUGUGUCGUCGAGACGGCCCUGGACGAGGCGCAGUACGGCAAGCCGGAGGCGAGGAAGGUCUACGAUGGAAGCUGGACUGAGUGGGCUCAGAGAGUCCGCCCAUCCGACUCCCUGAUUAGGACAUCAGAGUGAUAUCACCCCUCCCCUCCUCCAUUAUGGCGUCGGUGCUUUGAUAGUGGGAGUUGUUGAUUAGAUGGCACCGGAUACCCUCCCCUGGCCCACUGCAUUUGACUGUGGUUAUGUAUGAUUAUGCGUAUGCCUGAUAAAGUUUGGGGUUUGGCAUUUUUUUCUGUCCAAAGUUGCAUAACGAUUCUUCUACAAGUUCUCUCUCCUCGUUUUCCCCCGUCUUCACACUUUC